AUGGGCGCCUAUUCUCUAUGGGCGCCUAUCUCUAUGGCGCCCUAUCUCUAUGGGCGCCUAUCUCUAUGGGCGCCUAUCUCCUAUGGGCGCCUAUCUACAUAUGGGCGCCUAUACUCUAUGGGCCGCCUAUGCUCCAUGGGCGCACUAUCUCUAUGGGCGCCUAUCUCUAGGGGCGCCUAUCUCGGGCGCCUAUCUCUAUGGGCGCCUAUCUUUAUGGGCGCCUAUCUCUAUGGGCACCUAUCUCUAUGGGCGCCUAUCUCUAUGGGCGACCUAUCUCUAGGGGCGCCUAUCUCUAUGGGCGCCAUUGCCAAGCCUCUAGGGCCGCUCUCUAUGGGGCGCCUAUCUCUAUGGGCGCCUAUCUCUAUGGGCGCCUAUCUCUAUGGGCGCCUAUACUCUAUGGGGCGCCUAUCUCUAUGGGCGCCUAUCUCUAAUGGGCGCCUAUCUCUAUGGGCCGACUAUUCUCUAGGGGCGCCUAAUCUCUAUGGGCGCUAUCUCUAUGGGCGCCUAUCUCUAUGGGCGCCUAUCUCUAAUGGGCGCCUAUCUCUAGAUGAGCGCCUAUCUCUAGGGCGCCCUAUCUCUAUGGGCGCCUAUCUCUAUGGGCGCCUAUCUCUAUGA